AAAUUUUGUUAAGCCGUAGGGUCGAUAGAAAAAAAAAGUGAUUUGUGGCGCUGGUGGCAAGAUUCCAAAACUCUUAACAUGCUUGUUGAUCCCACUUCUUCAUACCUGGUUUACCAAUCACUAUAGUCAUGUUUCUAUGGCUAUAACCUCCAAACUCCGAACGUCGGGACGAAAUAUAAAAUUACGUAGGUUUAGUGUUAGUUUUUAAUGAUAAAAAUCAUCUAAAACGAUUUAAAAAUAGUGUCAAUCGUAUCGAAUGAAAAAUGAACGCGCUGGCAAGAACGUUGCGGUACGUGCCGAGCGUUGUUAUCAAUUUAGUCCCAAAAAACGGAGGAAUUCUCUCUAGAACAGCAGCUUUCAAGAGUAAUUUGAAGAUCAAAUGGGUGAAACCACGAAAAAUUGCUUCGACAAUGCCCGAAAAAAGUGGAGAUGGUGGUUUGGAACUCGACGUGAAGCCUCAGGAUUACGUUAAUAGAUAUGAACAGUCGAAAGAGCUUGUGGACGCCAGUGAUAUCGUCAAGAGAAUGUUCACUCUAGAAUUUAUGCCACGUAGAGAAACGCGCAACAAAAAACGUGAAUUGAUACUGGCAAUGGUGCAACGACACAGAGCUGAUCGAGGAUCUAUGGAAUCUAGAUUGGCAGCUAUGACCGCUGAAAUAUUGUACUUGCAAGAUCACUUGGCAGUUUAUUCACAUGACAAGCAAACAAAAUUCUUUCUCAAGGAACUCAUAGAGAAGAGAAAAAAAUUUUUAGGCAAAUUGCGAAGAUGGGAUUACAAACGCUUUGAAUGGAUUUUAGAGAAACUCAAUCUUACUUACAAACCUAAUCCGCCUUUAUACUUCAAAGUUACAAGGAAACGAUCAAUGAGGAUGCUGACCAAACGCCAUUGUGAGAAACUGAAGCUGAAUAAACUGAUGGAAUACGGUGCAGAGUUGCGGCGACAACAGCCUGACUUCUUUGAAGAAAAAGCAAAGAAGUUGGAGUUUAUUAGACAGGAGGAAAUAGCUUGUGGGCGAGAACCCACUGUUACGGUUGAAUUAAUUGCAGAAGCCAAAAGGCAGGCAGAAUCGUUGAGGAAAGAACAAUUGCAGGAAUAACGAUCAAAGAGGCUUUAAUUGCAUACGUUUCACCAGUAUCAGAGAAGAAAAUAACUUUCAAAUUCUCUACUCCGAAUGUGAAAUGAACCAAUUAUGCAUUUUUCUUCUGAUUGUUAAUAAAAUUGAUAAUGUCUGUA